ACUUGACCAAGAACAAGCUUACCUCUCUGGCGCAGCUACGCGGGGAAGACUUCCCUAGUUUGAAAAUCCUUCGCUGUAAGGGCAAUCUCCUCCUGUCCGACUCGCUGCAGUUGGCUUUGCCGAGGUUGAAAGAGCUCUAUCUUGGUCGCAACCAGUUGAGCUCAAUUCCUCCGUUGACCGGUUUGCCUUCGUUGGAGGUGUUGAUAUUGAACCACAACAGGAUCCAGACCGAGCUAUUCGGAAAAGACUUGGCGAAAGCGAAGGAACUGAGGAAAGUCGACCUGCGUGCGAACCUGAUAGCGAACAACCCGAAUAAUUUCUUGAAAUCUCUCGUGAGGUUGCAAGGGUUGACAAAAUUGAGCAUGUUCAAGAUAGCGGAGAACCCCUUCUGUGCUCUUUUUCCCGAGUACCAGAGCGUCCUCUACGGUUUCCUAGCCGCUGCCGGCGUGGUUUUGAAGCAGCUAGACCGAAUAGCACUUGGAGGAGCAGCCGACGGCAGUGAAACUGCCGAAAAGAACAUCGAUCCCCACAUGAUCGAAGUGUACGAACAACUGGUCACUGAAGUGCACAUUCCAGACGGAGAGACACUGCAGGAUUACGUCCUAGACGCGAAGUUGAUCUCACCGACGUCGGCGAAAGUAGUAGCCGAUACGGAUAUCCCGGCUUAUGCGAAGGACCCGGUGCUGAAAACUGCGAUCAUGGGGGGCGCCAGAGCGUCUACGGCGAAAGGAGGGCCGCCGUUAGACCCGACCGCGGAAAUUGAGGAUAUCAAGGUUUUAGCAGGAGACCUCUUGCUGAUGGAUGGACGGUUACAAGGCACGAAAUUGGAGACGUUUUUGCUAGCCACAGCUUCGUCUUUCAAGUAUCCUCUGUGUCUGCGUUUCUUGCAACUAGCGCACCUGUCGAUGGUUUUCAAUGAGCGUCUGGAAAAUAUGGCUCCAGCUCAGAUGGCCCUCUUCGGUGCGGAGGACAGAAAAGGACGUGGUAUGGUUUCUUCAGG